AUGGCCUCACAAGUCUUGGUCUAUCCACCAUAUGUUUAUCAAACCCAGUCAAGUGCCUUUUGUAGUGUGAAGAAACUCAAAGUAGAACCAAGCAGUUGUGUGUACCAUGAAAGGACCUACCCACGGAUCUAUGUGAAUGGUAAAAACUUUGGAAUUUCUCCCCACAGGGUUAGUGCUUUCUUUCAGACUAAAAACCUAUUUGACAGACCUCGAGGACAGAACUUCUUGUUGCAGUCAAAUGCUGUCGCUUUAAAAAAUAUUGCAGGUGCUACAAAAGUGUUAGCAGCGCGGGCGCAGCAAGCUCAAGUAGAGGCACCUCAGACUGGGACCCAGGAGAGCAGGUUGGAUACACUGGAUGGACCCCAGCGAUGUGGAUUGAAGCGUAAGAGUGAAGAGCUGGAUAACCAGAUCAGCACGAUGCAGAUUGUGGAUGAACUGUCCAUAUUGCCUGCAAUGUUGCAAACCAAUGUAGGAAACCCGGUGGCAGUUGUGACAACUGCUGCAGCUUCAAAGCAAAAUGGUACCAGCGGCGAUGGAGAUUAUCAGUUAGUACAGCAUGAAGUCUUGUGCUCUGUGAAAAACACUUAUGAAGUUCUUGAUUUCCUUGGGCGAGGCACUUUUGGACAAGUAGUGAAGUGCUGGAAGAGGGGCACGAGUGAGAUUGUGGCAAUCAAAAUCUUGAAGAAUCAUCCGUCUUAUGCACGCCAAGGACAAAUAGAAGUGAGCAUAUUAGCAAGACUAAGUACUGAAAAUGCUGACGAGUUUAAUUUUGUGAGAGCCUAUGAAUGCUUUCAGCAUCGUAACCAUACUUGCUUGGUUUUCGAGAUGUUGGAACAGAACCUGUAUGACUUCCUCAAACAAAACAAAUUCAGCCCUCUGCAACUGAAAGUAAUACGGCCUAUUCUGCAACAGGUGGCCACUGCACUGAAAAAACUAAAAAGUCUUGGUUUAAUCCAUGCUGACCUCAAACCAGAGAACAUUAUGUUGGUGGAUCCUGUCCGGCAGCCUUACCGAGUUAAAGUGAUAGAUUUUGGGUCUGCCAGCCAUGUGUCGAAGACUAUUUGUUCAACCUAUUUACAGUCUCGGUAUUAUAGAGCACCGGAGAUUAUACUGGGAUUGCCGUUUUGUGAAGCCAUAGACAUGUGGUCGUUGGGGUGUGUGAUUGCGGAGCUGUUUCUCGGAUGGCCACUGUACCCAGGAGCACUGGAAUAUGACCAGAUUCGUUACAUUUCACAGACUCAAGGUUUGCCAGGGGAGCAGUUGUUAAGCAUGGGAACGAAAACUGCAAGAUUUUUCUGUAGAGAAACAGAUACACCAUAUUCAAGUUGGAGAUUAAAGACUUUGGAAGAGCAUGAGGCAGAGACAGGUAUGAAGUCCAAAGAGGCCCGAAAGUAUAUUUUCAACAGUUUGGAUGAUAUAGUGCAUGUGAACAUGGUGAUGGAUUUGGAAGGAAGUGACCUGUUGGCAGAGAAGGCAGAUCGGAGAGAAUUCGUCAGUCUGUUGAAGAAAAUGUUGCUGAUAGAUGCUGAUUUAAGAAUCACUCCAGCUGAGACCCUGAACCAUUCUUUUGUUACCAUGAAGCACCUCCUUGAUUUUCCUCAUAGCACCCAAGUGAAAUCCUGUUUCCAUAUCAUGGAUGUUUGCAAAUGUAGAUCAAAUUCCUAUGACUUCAGUAACCGCAAUAAAACAUCACUUAUGAGACCAGUUGCCUCAGGCAGUGCAGCUAAUCUGACUGCAAGUUUCACCAAAAUUGGCCCAGUAAGAAGUCAGGCUUUAACUGCAUCUGCCCACUCAGUUUUGCACCAAGGGAUGCCCCUGCAGGCAGGAACUGCUCAGUUUGGCUGCAAUGAUGUUUUCCAGCAAGCAUUGAUUAUCUGUCCUCCCACUAUCCAAGGAAUUCCUGCAAACCAUGGCAAGCCCACGAGUUUCUCACUGAGGGUGGACAAUGCGGUUCCAUUGGUGACCCAGGCCCACGCAAUUCAGCCGCUACAGAUUCGAGCAGGAAUCCUUUCUCAGACAUGGUCAAAUCAGGCCCAGCAAAUCCUGGUUCCUGCCUGGCAGCAAGUAGCACCGGUGGCAGCUCCUGCUACUUCUCUGGCCUCUGAUGCUGUGGCUGGCCCACAAAGGCUUGGAGACUGGGGGAAGAUGAUUACCCAGGGCACCCAUUACAAUUCAGUGAUGCCUCAGCCUCUUGUAACACAUCAAAUAACCUUGUCUGCCCCUCAGCCAAUUAGUGUGGGCAUUGCACAUGUUGUCUGGCCUCAGCCUGCAGCUGCCAAGAGAAAUAAACUGUGUCAGAACAGAAGCAAUGUGUUGCAGAAUACCAAUAUCCAAAAUGCAGCAUUUAUAUCUCCAAAGAUAAUUAACCUGAAGGCUGUAAGGAGACUAAGCUGUAUAGAAGCACAGGACAAUCAUCACUCAGAAGGUCGGGAAAGGAACUACUGCGAAGCGUCCGUCAGGCUGGACGCGGCGCCAUCCCUGCCGAGCAAACCGCGCCAGGCCAUCCUCAUUGCUGGCUCGCCGAGCCCCGCCGUCAGCGUCAUCACCAUCAGCAGCGACACCGACGACGACGACCUGGGACGAGCACAUGCGCUGAGAGAGUGCAAAGGAAGCCUGGACUGUGAAGCCUGCCAGAACACACUGAAUAUUGACCGCGUGUGCUCUCUGAGCAGUCCUGAUAGCACUCUGAGUACCAGCUCCUCGGGACAGUCUAGUCCAUCCCCUUGCAAGAGAUCCAACAGCAUGUCAGAUGAUGAACAGGAAAGUGGAUGUGAUACAGUAGAUGGUUCCCCAACUUCGGACUCUUCAGGACAUGACAGCCCAUUUGUGGAAAAUGGCUUUGUAGCUGCGACCAAUAAAAAUACAGACUCAAGAACAUCAGUUAACUCUGAAACCAAAUCUGCCGUUUGCACAGUGGUGGUGCCACCAAUGACACUUGAAAACAGGUUACACCUUGACGAACAGAUGGUGAAUACAGAUACUAUGUGCCAGCCACUGAAAAAAGGUCCGUCUGUCCUGGGAAGGAUAAACCAGUCUUCUAUCAUAGGAAACCGUCAACAGAAAUUGACAUCAGCAUUCCAUCAGCAACACAUAAACUUUAGUCAGGUUCUCAACAACUUGAUUGCAGACGUGUUCAAAACUUCAAAAGUGGACUUCAGUUUAUUGGGCAAGUCAUAUGUAUCUUUUGUUUUUGUUCAGCCCCUGGGCUCGGCGCCGCCGGAGUGGAACGGGCCGGCCCUCCUGCCCUACGCUGCGGCGGCCCCGCUCAGCACUGCUGCGCCCGUCGCCCACCUCCUCGCCUCGCCGUGCGCCUCCAGGCCCUUGCUGCAGCCUCCUGCCUACAGCAUGUCCCACCCCAGCGCUCUAGUCCACCAGGUUCCUGUUGGCAUAAAUCCCCGUCUCCUGCCUUCCCCCACCAUCCAUCAGACUCAGUACAAACCGGUCUUUCCACCGCACUCGUACAUCGCAGCAUCGCCUGCUUACACGGCGUUUCCGCUGAGUCCCACCAAGCUCAGCCAGUACCCGUUUCUGUGAGAACUCGAGUUCAGUGGGUGAGGAAGCUCAAUCACGCAGAAGGUUGCUUUGAGAAGAAACAUGGUAUUUAUUAAACAUUAGCCAUGGCACAACAGGAGAAUUAUUUUUUUUGAAUCAUGUAGACUUGGGUGCAAUUUAAACAACUCUGAGCUUUAAAGAAAAAACUCACUUUUAAUGUGUUUUGCACAUUUGGUAUAACUUGUCUUUGGUCAUGUUAUCUUCUUAUAUAGUAACUUUAGACAGGUGACUUAUGGGAGCAGAAAUCUGAAUUUGCUCCUACUAUUUUUUAUAAAAUUGCCUUCUAACUAGUGCAAGACACGUCUACAUUUGGGAAGCCAUUCAGUGUACAGAACUAGAGCAACAGAUGCACAUCUGUCAGCAGUACAGUGUAGAAGUAAAUUGUUUGUAUUGCGUAUCUUGGUGUUUAAAUGUUGAGUCACUUAUCUAAGAGUUGAGCUGUUGUUCUUCACAUUGCAUGUGUCUUUUGCAUGGGCAAAAAAAGAGAAAGAAAAAGCCUAAACAUUGCUCUUAAAUGUUGUUGUCCUAAUAAUCUCAGCUGCAUUGUAAACUGUUUCCACACAUAGUGCCUUAAAUAUUUGAGGUUGUUAACGUUAUUACUUAUAUAUAAAUGUUGAGGACUGCAGCACUUAAAUUCAGAUCUGCUGUUUUUUUGGGUAGAGUAAUGCUCAUUUUGGGUUUUGAGUGGUAUAUGAUUUUUAGUAUUGGGUGUUUUUUUCCUUAUCAGGAAGGCGGCAUGUUUUGCUCUAGCUGAGUUUUCCUGUCUUUUUUUCCCCAGCCAGAAUGAUCUAGCUUCAAGAAAAGACCUCAGUAGUGCUUAAGAAGAGUUGAUUCAGUAGCUAUUGAGUAGUGACACACAACACAGUAUUUCAUAUGGUUUAAAUGGAACUGCAAUACAAUCCAAGUAGUUUAUUUUCAAAGUGCUUGUCUAAUUGGAUAUAAUAAAAUGUUUAGAGGUGCAGUAGGCAUGACUUUGACUAGCUAACGAAAGGAAAAGCCAAGUGCUUGUUGAUUCAUGGUGUGGUUUCAUCUUAGCUUGAGCAAACCAUGCAGUAUUUAAUAAAUAGUAGCAGGAUAUUUACUAUUGAAGCUUGAAAAGAUGUGAGUUCUUUGUGUGCAAUCUUUCUUUUAUGCAUGGGAGAGAUUUUAGUCUUUUUACAUAAUAGUAUUUGUUUUAGCCUGUUGUGGGUGUUUGCUUAUUUAAUACAUUCCGUCAGGGACAUAAAUUACAUGCUUUCUGCGUUAUUUUUUUUCCUUAGGAAGUGUGUCUUUUUGUUGAAAUGAAGUUGCUUUUGCAGCACCAAAGACUUAAUCAUCCAUUUCCUAUAAAAGGUAGCUACUUUUUUCAUAGACCUCAAGUAUACUCUAGUGUAGAGAUGGGAUUUAAAGAAGGUGUUAAACUGAGGCUGUGUGUUAGCUUAUGGGCAAGUAAUAAAUUGUAUCAUUUAUCUUGAAUGUAUCAUAGAUAAGCUGCUAUAUAAUGAUUGCCACUUCAGAUAGCUGUGAAAUUAGGUGAUUAACUAGUUCUUUCUUAGCCUUCUAAUUUCUGUACAAGUCUAAUACAUGAAAUAGAAAUCAGGUUUUGAUUUUUUAAAUUUUGUUUUCAUGUUUGGAGUGUCGUAACUAUUAUAUUGUAAAUGAUGGAAGAUGAUUGCAUAUGUUUUUUGGGUGUGUUAUUUGCAUCAGUAUUUUAUCUCCAUUAACUCUGAGCUCAUCACUGCAUACAAGUGGAUGUAUCGAUGUAACUUAAUUUUUUUAUGUUUUCAUAUUGGCAUUGUGUAGACACUUAAACUGCAUCUUGCAGCCUUGACUUAACUUUUUUUUAAAAAAAAAAAUCUGGAACAUAAUCUUUGCAAUGUUGACUGGAAUAAGAGUGCAAAGCAUUUGAGUUUAACUCUGUCAGCUAAUAACUGGUAAACUUUUUCUUUACUCCACUAACACAAGCAGUGUUUUAUUUAAUGAAUGUCUGAAAGAAAUGUGCCUACAUUUGAUUUAGUUUUUAAGUAACAACUAAAAUAUAACAGUAUUAGAUCAUAAACAGUACCAGCAGUACAUUUUUAAUCACACUGAAAAUUAAAAAAUCUUAACUUUUCCCAAAAGUUUCAGUGUUUUUAGUAAUCAACUCUAUGCAUUUUGUACAAGUAUAAAUGUGUGUAUAUAAAAUAUACAUUAGAAAACUAGGAGUAUCCUGAUUAAUUUGAAAUCCUGUCAAAACAUACAUGAAGCCUAAGUAUAUGGAGUCAAGAAAAUGCUCAAAUUGGAUAUCCACCUUAUCACUUCAAACUUCUACUGUAUGGUCCAACAGAUUGUUUUCUGUUCACUCCUUUGCGUUGGGAAUUGAUUUUUGGGUACUCACUCCAUUGCAGGCAAUGGACACGCCAAGAAUCACCAGUGCAAAUGGAGUAAAUGAAUUUUGUAUUGUCAUAA